AUUUAUUAUUUUGAUAUUUCAAAUUUUCAAAAGCCGGAGCUAUUGGAAGUGCGUGUGAAAUGCGUAAAACGUUUUUGAAUUUUAAUAAGAAAAAUGUUUAACAAAGUUCUACAACGAGCUCUAAAAUUUCGUUUGAAAAAGAGUUAUCCUACUAAUAUUUAUGAUUUGAAUAGAGGAGCGGCGAUCGCUGUCCGCCGCCCGUAUAGUGAUGAAGUAAAACGGGCCCAAGCUUCUAGCGUAGCAACUCCGGGUCCAACUAUAUUCGACAAAAUAAUUUCCAAAGAAAUAAAAGCUGAUAUAAUAUACGAAGAUGAAUUUUGCCUUGCGUUUAACGAUAUUUCUCCUCAGGCGCCAGUUCACUUCUUAGUUAUACCAAAGAAACGAAUUCCUAGAUUACAAGAUUGCGAAUCUUCUGAUAAAGAGCUACUUGGUCAUCUAAUGAUAGUGGCAAGGUCCCUUGGUGGAGAACGAGCCCCAGCUGGGUGGAGGUUGGUUAUUAAUAAUGGUAGACAUGGAGCUCAAUCUGUCUACCACUUACAUUUACAUGUACUUGGUGGACGUCAGUUGGGAUGGCCACCUGGCUAAGUUGAAUCAUGAGUAUGGAAUAAGUAGAAGAUGUUGAUUAGGGUAUAUAAAAAUCUGCAUAUUUAUGGAAAUUUCAAUAUAUAUAUUAGAUUUUUAGGAAAUGGGUGUUUGGAUGAAUAGAGACCAAUAUAAUUUGCUGUUACAUAUAAUACUACUCUUUCAAUAUUUAACAUAACAUCUAUAACAAAAUGUAGGACAGUAUUGGAAUGUAAUGUAAAAAUUCUGAUGGUUAAAAUUAUUUAUCUUGUUUGUUUAAUGAUAGAGCUAUUUCUUUGCUUGAGAAACAUGCUUCUGUCCAUAGUACUUCAAUAAAAUUCUUUAUUUUGACUACAUUCUGUAGUUUUAGAUUAGAGAAUAAAAAUAUGAAAAUGGGAAUGGAAAAUAUUUUGUUAAUUCAUUAACAAUGUAUUCUGUUUGCCCUCAUACUAUGUUUAUAAGUAUUUGUACAAGGUAGACAUUAAAAAACAAUAAAGUGUACCAAUCUGUGGUAGGCAAAAAUAGGCAAUAAAACAUUUGCCUGUAGGAAAAAAAUACUAUUCACCAUACUAAAUUAUGAAAUCUAUUGAUCUCCACGAUAUAUACAGACAGCACUUCACUAUUAUUAAUAUGAAGUGCAAUACAUCUUUUUAGCUUUUCCCACAUACAUUGUCCAGUCUUUUUUACAUAUACAUGCUCAAAACAUACUAAAGAUUUAUAAGGCCAUUUUAGUAUUUAGUGCAAUAAAUCAGCCAAAUUAGUAUAAGGAUUUUUAUUUCCAAUUGAAUUACUUUAAAUGUAUAAAGUUAUGUCAUUUUUAAUUAUAAUUAUAACACUGCAGUUUGAUAACAAUGAGUGAUGAAAUCAAAUUUUUUGUUUACAUUAACUUUACAAAAAUUUCUUAGUGCUUCUUUAAUUCCAUAUUUUUCGGGGAAAAUAAUUUUAAAAUAUAUAGAUUAUAUUAUAAACUAAACUGUUAUUAGCAAGCUUAAAAAGCCUAAAACACUAAUUAGAUGAAUCUCAAAAUACAACAGUCAGAUAGAAAAACUAAUCUAGUCACUACUUAGUCUUAUUUUUAAUGAAUGUUACUAAUAAAUAAAUAGACCUGUAUAAAUAUAUAAAAAAGUAUAAUUUUUAACCACAUUGAGGGAAGGUGCAAUAUUUUCAAUUGAAUAUUUUUCUUAAAUAAGAUUAGUUAAAAAUGAUAUUUACUAUUGAAGACUGGUUCCCAAUUGACAUACUCAUUAAACAAGGUAGAAGUUUAAAAAAAACUGAAAGAACACCAAAAAUAGUGCCCAUACAUUAACAUUGAAAUAUAUAUUAAGUCCGGAUCUUCCCGUUUUUAUUCAUCCAUGCUAUAUUAUUCAUGUAUUUUUUUAUUAGAAAUAUUCAUUAAAAUUUUCACAAUCUGGAUUAAUAAUUUCGCCACUGUGUGUUCGUCAAACUGUGGUAUUAUACUUAAAAAUCGUUUAACUAUUUAAUCUCAUUUUGUUAAUCCACAUAAUUCUACAAAUUACAUCGUUAACUUGUAAGAAAUUAGAAACUAUUUUUUGUAAUAAUACUGAAAAUAGCUUCUUAUUAUCGUACAUUUACAAAUUUAUAUGAAAUAAUUUAAAAAAGGGAAAUGUUGAGUAUUGGUGAUAAAAAUAUUGGUUGUGGGUGCAGACAAAUAAGAUUCAAAUGUUUUUGGAAGAAAAAUGUUGCGAAUCAAUUUGUUUCUUUUUCUUGAGUACGUUUCGAAUUUAAUUCUGUAUUAAAUUCUGUAACCAAUUACAAUAAAGAUUUGUUAUACC